AUGGCUGCAACUCUUUUAUCAGUAUUGGGGCUGGUAUCACCUCCGGAUACCUGCCCAAUCACACAAAACAAUUUCUAUCCCACUUGUAGUGAUUACUUGAGUAGAACCUAUGAUUUUAUUAUUGUUGGUGGUGGUACUGCCGGUUGUGUACUCGCGAAUCGCUUAACUGAAGACCCUGGAAUUCAAGUUUUACUUCUGGAAGAUGGGGAUUACCCUUCGAGGGAAACAGAAAUUCCAUUGAAUUUUAUAUUUUUACAAGAAACCGAUGAAGACUGGGCUUUCAAAGCUGAACAACCUGGUUAUUUCAAAGGGGAAGCCUAUCAGGUGAACCCAUGGCCGCAGGGACACGCCCUAGGUGGUAGUAGUAGUAUCAACGCAAUGAUUUACGCACCAGGUUUCCCAGUUGAUUAUGAUUACUGGGCGGAGCUCACCCAGGACCCAAUCUGGUCCUGGGAUAACAUGCAAUUCUCUUUUGACAGACUCCAUGAGAAUGUUAAAACAACCCAGUAUAGAAGCUAUGUCACAGCGAGGACUUUAAUAGGUUUAGGAGCUUUGGAACUUGGAAUACCUGUUAAUGAAGAUGAUAUGUUUGGUUAUAAUGACCACCCGACUACUAUCUAUGAAGAUACAAGAUUCUCCAUGGCCGAAGCCUACCUUAGACCUAUAAAAGACAAGAAAAAUCUCUGUGUGAUGGUCAAACGUAGAGUGAACAAGAUUAUAAUUGAAGGUACCACUGCUGUUGGUGUGGAAGUACAAGAUCCCAAAGGUGUGGUGGUGAUUAAACCAAAACGGGAGAUUAUUAUCACAGCUGGAGCUAUAAAUUCUCCGAAAUUAUUGAUGUUGAGUGGUAUAGGUCCCCAGGACCAUUUGAAGGAACUUGGUAUUCCUGUGUAUGCUGACCUACCAGUUGGGAAAUAUUUAGAGGAUCAUUUAAUUGUUCCUGUCAUUGCUACCAUUUUUGAUGUACCUAUGCCUCCGUAUAAUAUCAUGAGAGAUGCGUUUUGUGCAACUGGUACCCUUUUGAACAACAUUGAAUUGGCGAAUUUUAUCGGUUUCUUCAACACUAAAGGAAAAAGAGAUAAACCUGAUAUUGAAUUUAUUCAUUUUGAGUUCCUCACGCAGGAUCCAACUUUCCUGGAGGCUUUCUUUGAGAAAUUUGGAAUUAUUGAAGAUGGAGAAAUGUUUCUUCAAGAUUUAGACCCGAAAACACCCCCUAGAUUAUUCCCGCAUUAUUUUGACGAAGGUGAUGAUGCUCAGGUGGUUAUUGAUUCGAUCAAUCAGAUCGUUAAACCUUUAUUAUCUACUACUCCAUUUAUUGCAAGUGAUUUGUUUCGGUUUGAAAUUCCGGAAUGUGAUGAGUUCGAAUACGAGUCUGAUAAGUAUUGGAGGUGUUAUUUUACGUAUCUGGCAGGGACUAUUUAUCACCCUGCAGGGACGUGUAGGAUGGGUUUUGAUAGAGUUACGUCAGUGGUGGAUUCCAGAUUAAGAGUAUGGGGGAUAAAGAAUUUAAGGGUUGCUGAUUCAAGUACUAUUCCUGCUUUGGUCAGUGGGCAUAGUAAUUUGCCUACUUGUGCAUUGGCUGAGAAUGCUGCUGAUAUUAUUAAAGUAGAUAAUGAUAUUUAA